GUCAAAACAAUCAAAUCACUUUGUGUGGAUCUUAUUUAAGUUUCCUGGCAGUGAACAACAUGGUGCGCUCUGUCCUCUGCCUCCUGACUGUGGCCCUGGCCUUUGUGCCUCUGAUCUCUGCUGUGGAAGUGGUUUCAGAGAAACCUGGAGUCUGUCCCAAGCCCAGGACAGACAUUGCCGUAGAGGUCGGUUGUCUGGAUCAGUGCUCCACAGACAGUCAAUGUGAGGGAAACCUGAAGUGCUGCUUCGACGGCUGUGGACGUGUUUGUGAAAAGCCAAGAGGUGAGCCUAAGCGCAAGGACAAACGAGGAUUGUGCCCUAGUCCAAGUGGUUUUGGACUGUGUGCCGAAAUGUGCACUUUUGAUGAAGACUGUAAGGAGGAUGAUAAAUGCUGCUCCAAUGGCUGUGGACAUACCUGUCAGCGACCAGUCAUAAAAUCCAAACCAGGAUCCUGCCCUGACACGAGCCCUUUUUUCACCACAUGUAAAAAGGAAUGCACUGAUGACAGUCAGUGUCCCGAGAACCUCAAAUGCUGCUUCAGCAGCUGUGGACUCCAGUGUAUCCCCCCUGAACAUGGCAACAGUCCACAAUGAUUGUCAUUUAAUAAAUGAAUCCAAACAGUU